AUCUGCGCAUGCGCACAUUUAUCAAAACGCCGACACAAGCUUGCUUGAGAGGAUGGAGAACGUGGCACCAGCCAACGGCACGCUAGACUGUCCUCUGGUCUCCGAGGAUGUGGACAGGAUCUGCGUGAUGCCCGACCUGAGUACCAUAAAGACGGAGCAGACGGUGGGCGCGAUCUCUGAUGACACCAACCCCCAGAAUGUGGCCAUGGGCAUCAAGUUCAUCCUUCCCAACCGAUUUGACAUGAACGUUUGCUCCAGAUUUGUGAAGUCUCUCAACGAAGAGGACAGCAAGAACAUCCAGGACCAGGUUAACUCUGACCUGGAGGUGGCUUCUGUUUUAUUUAAAGCUGAGUGUAACAUCCAGACUUCUCCCACACCUGGAAUACAAGUCCGCCACGUGUAUACACCAUCCACCACCAAACACUUCUCCCCCAUCAAACAGUCCACAACCCUCACCAACAAACACCGUGGAAACGAGGUUUCCUCCACACCUCUCUUAGUUCACU